GGAAGAUUCAGUCGGAUAAGUAACUCGCGGAGACUUCGUUACCGAGGUCCGCUGCACCUGCUGCAACUUCCUUGGCUCCCAAACGGCAUUAACAUCGUCUUCCAUGUCCGGUGGUUUAACGAUGGAUCAUACUUUUCUGCCUCGGUCCAUCUGGACCGGUGACAGUAAGUUCCUCCAGCAUCCAUCAGAUCUCUACACCAGUGUGGUCGUUACGCGCAGCAUCCCUGCAGGCACGUGCUUUGGUCCAUGCGUGCUCCAGAACACUUUCUACGACUCCAUCGCUUUUAUAGCGCAGAAAUCCUGUGACAGGAGAGCGAAAGCCUGUGUGUUCAGGGUCGACCCUGAGGCAAUGCGUAAUUCUGCCUUGGUGCUGUCCUGGUUGAGGCUUGUGCAAGCUGCGCGCAACGGGGAGGAGCAGAACACAGAAGCCUUUUUGAAAGCGGGUCAGCUGUACGUGCGGACUACUCGGGACAUACGGCAGGAAGAAGAGCUGCUGAUAUGGUAUGACCGUGAGCUGUCUCAUCUGCUGGGCUUCACAGAUAUAACAAAAGGAUCAAAAGAAGAAUUAAAAUGUGGACGGUGUAACCAGGUCUUCGGACAUGAGUACCCUUUCCUGGCUCACUGCCGAUUCUUAUGUGCUCACGUAAAGACUGACAACUGGAGCCGUGAGCUUUACGAGCACAAGCACGUGGAAAUUAAGAAGCAACACCGAGUCACAGAUUUCCAUAACAUUGCCAGAGAUUUGGAACACAAAAGAACUGGAAACACCGACGACGCAGAGACUUCACCGAAGAGGAGGAAAUACGAGGAAACUCUUUAUCCCAAAUGGCGAAAAACUGUUCUGUUAGAGAAAACAAAUAUUUCAAAUGAUGACAAUAUUGCACCGUCGACCAAGAGUUACGACCAGGUAGCAGGAGACGCCUCUUCCUCUGAGGGGAAACUGAAACCGGAUCUUUUGGAACGUAAACGUGAGGAGUUUGCUCAAGGUGGAGAAUCCAAGGCGACUUUUACGCACGACAGAGAGGUGGAUGCGCGGCCGGUGACAGGAGAGGGCUCUAGCGUGCAUUUAAGCACCAACAGUGCGUUUUCUCUGGUGAUAUCUAAUAGCCAGGGCGAACAGAAAAGCGCAUUUUGUAAACCGAGUAAAAGAAGUUCUCCCGUUGACCCCCAAGCGCACCUCAGCAGAGCUUCAACAGCCCCCUCUAGCCGACUGGAGGAGAUGACUGAUGCGUUUACUUCCAGGACCGCUGUGGGAUACAAUAAUCUUGUGGGAUCCAGCAUCCUAAGCAGUGACUUACAUACUGUACCCUCUCCAGUUGCAUUAAACAGUGGUUUCCAUUACGCGCCGGAGCACUGGUCUAGAAACAUAGGCGCUCAAUUGCAAACCACAUCAUCUCUCACCAUCCUUCCUCCGACUUUUACCACAUUGGGCGUGUCGGUGCAGAACUGGUGCGCCAAAUGCAAUCUGUCCUUCCGCAUGACCUCAGACCUCGUUUUCCACAUGCGCUCUCACCACAAAAAAGAGUUCGCGGCGGAAUCUCAGGUGAGAAGAAGGAGGGAGGAGAAACUUACCUGCCCGAUCUGCCACGAAUACUUCCGAGAGCGGCACCACCUGUCAAGACAUAUGACCUCCCAUAACUGAGAGAAAACCGGGGACGGGGGCACUCUUUAUUUAUUACCUAAAUGAUACUCAUAUUUAACAAGCUUAGACUCCGAUUCAAGCCGAGACUUGAGUGUAUAACUUUGAAUGUAGGUAGCUGUAUAAUAACAAAAAGGACACAUGUCCAUCGCAACUUGUCCACUAGAUGACGAUAGAGGUACGUGUAAAGUGAUCUCAGUACAGUUUGUCCUUUCAGUUCUCUGUGUUAAGUUGAUUAUUUUGUGCCUUACGGAACUCAGGAGGGACGGAGAGGUUUCAAGGACAGCUCAUGAUUGUCAUAAAUAUCUCAAAGCAAUUCUCUUAUUUAGGCUAUCUACUGUUCCCCUGAUUUAAAUUGUACAGGAGGUAUGGGUU